UUAUUACAUCAACUGUGUUAAAUUUUGUGGGCAGUAGAAAAUUUCCAUUUUUGCUUCAGAAUCUUCCUCUGGUUCCUACAAUAAAGUCUGGUAUUAAGUCUAUAGCCUUAUGUGUUUUGCAAGAAGAUAGUCUGAUUCUAUCAAAAAGAAAGCAUCAGUUAAAAUCAAAAGUUACUGCUUUGAACAUUUUAAACAAGAAUGGUAUCUCAUACCAACAAUAAUCUUUUUAUUUUCUCACAAACUUUGUGUAAUAUAUCUGUACAAAAUCGAAGCUUGAUAUAUUACCUUUGACACUCAAGGUCAAUCCAUAUAUUAAAAGAUUAUGACUUUGGGGCUCAUGGAAAGCCCCAAUUAUGUGUAAGCCAAUUCAACUUCCAUUAUGCACUCAACAAUAGGUAUAUGACACAGCCUUGGACAUCAGCUUCAGUAACAGCAGACAGGUAUAUACUAUAGUUUAUAAUUUUCUGAGACAACAUUCUUAAAAGCAUGGGAAAUAGUGGUGAGGAGGGUUGUUCCUCAAAAGGCCCUCUUGGUAGCACGUUAGAUUUCUUUUUCUCUGCCUGUUUUAUUAAUAAACAGACCAUGUGCAAUAGCACCAACCUGGAAAAUUAUAGGUACCGAAAGUUAUCAGCCAGGGGGAGGGGAUGAAGGAUGAGAUUAACCUGGGGUUGUGGGCAUAUUUCAAGUUGCCAACAUUCUUUAAAACCUCACAAUCUAUUUCACUGAAAUUAACCUUUUGCGGAAGGUGAACUUACCUGGGGGGAGGGGGAGAUUAGGCGUUGAAACCUUUUUUUUUUUUUUUUUUAAUUAUUAGGGAAAUUCAUGAUUACAUAGUCAACAAAAAGAGGGAAAAAAAAUCCAACAGGUAGUUUAACAAAGCAGCAGGGGCGAGGCCCCAGGCGCUUUCUCGAGCGGCCGCGGCUGCUUCCUCGGAGGCGGCAUUUCUCCGGCCGGGGGCUCCUCACAGCCUGGGACCCGCUGGGACCGGCCGGGCCGCCGCGCGCCCUUGUGAGGUAAGUCAUCUUUGGGCCACAGGCGGUGAAAAAGCGGAGGUCCCUGCAAGGCAGUCACUCGCCGAAGGAGCGUGAGUCAAGGUCCGGGGUCAUUGUUAGCCAGGCCCCGCCACCCCGGGCCGUCAGUCCGGCGCUGGGUGACCAGGGCCGCCGGGUGCUGCUCCGGGGGGGGGGACUGACCUCAGGCGCCUGACGCGGCCGGACUGCGAGCACCGAGCUACGGGCCUCCGAAGCCCGACUGCCGUCCCCGCUGCUAGAGCCCGCUCAGGGCAGGUCGUCCCCGCCCCCGCGCAGGCAUGGCCGGGAGGCGCCGGCGCUAGUCGCGCCCGCCCCGCGCCGCGCCGGCCGCACGUCCCCGCUGCUUCUUUCAGUUCACUAAUAAAUAAAAAAAGAGAAUGAAGGCGGCAGUGAGGACCAGGGUGGCGGGAGGAACGAACGACUCCAAGUGAAGGCGGCCCCAGGGAGCCUUGCAGAGGCGCCCAGCCAAUGAGGUUUCUUCCUGUGAGCUGAGCCCACGGGGACGAUGGGAAGCCGGGGGAGCCGGGGGCCGGUGGCGCACGGGCAGCUGUGAGGCAGAGGAAGAACGCAAGACGGAGGAAACCCCCUCCCGCAGCAGUCUCAUUUUCGCAGCCGGACCGAGCCCCACCCCUGCCUCACCUUCCUAGCCCCACUCACCCGCCCGCAGCGCAGCGCCGCACCGUUUCCGUAGCCACGUGAUCAGCCCUUCUCUUCCCAGCCUUCCUCCUCACUGGAGAGGAGGGGAGGGGAGGGAAGGGAGAGAAAAAAAAAAAAAAAAAAGACUCCACUUCCCAGAAGCCCUCGGUUACCCACGCACCCGCCACCUUGCGCAGGCGCUGCCCGGGCCAAACGGACACGUUCGUCACGUGGGGGGCGACCGGCCAAUCCGGUUUGAAUUUCAUUUUUUUACUCUCACCCCCCCUUCAGGAGCGGUUGUCUGAUCAGAUCGAUCUAAGAUGGCGACUGUGGAACCGGAAACCACCACCACUCCUAAUCCCCCACCUGCAGAAGAAGAAAAAACUGAAACCAAUCAGGAGGUUGCUAACCCUGAACACUACGUUAAACAUCCACUACAGAACAGAUGGGCGCUCUGGUUUUUUAAAAAUGAUAAGAGCAAAACUUGGCAAGCAAACCUUCGUCUGAUCUCUAAGUUUGAUACUGUUGAGGACUUCUGGGCUUUAUACAACCAUAUCCAGCUGUCUAGUAAUUUAAUGCCUGGCUGUGACUACUCACUUUUUAAGGAUGGGAUCGAGCCUAUGUGGGAAGAUGAAAAAAACAAACGAGGAGGACGAUGGCUAAUUACAUUAAACAAACAGCAGAGACGAAGUGACCUUGAUCGCUUUUGGCUAGAGACACUGCUGUGCCUUAUUGGGGAGUCAUUUGAUGACUACAGUGAUGAUGUGUGUGGAGCUGUUGUUAAUGUUAGAGCUAAAGGCGAUAAGAUAGCAAUAUGGACUACUGAGUGUGAAAACAGAGAUGCUGUUACACAUAUAGGGAAGGUAUACAAGGAAAGGUUAGGACUUCCUCCAAAGAUAGUGAUUGGUUAUCAGUCCCAUGCAGACACAGCUACUAAGAGCGGCUCCACCACUAAAAAUAGGUUUGUUGUUUAAGAAGACACCUUCUGAGUAUUCUUUCAUAGGAGACUGCGUCAAGCAAUCGAGAUUUGGGAGCUGAACCAAAGCCUCUUCAAAAGCAGAGUGGACUGCAUUUAAAUUUGAUUUCCAUCUAAAUGUUGCUAAGAUAUAUGAGAAGUCUCAUUCGCCUUUGUCUUGUACUUCUGUGUUCAAAUUUUUUUCUAUUUUGACUAGAGUAACUAUUAUCCCAAUCAAAGAAUUACAGUACACAUCAUCCCCAGAAUCCAUAAAUGUGUUCCUGGCCCACUCUGUAAUAGCUUAGUAGAAGCAUUACUAUUACAAAAACAUUUUAUCUAUCCACAAUAUUCAGAAAAGAACUUGCAUUUCUUUACCUUACAGAGAAUUACUUCUGUUGUACAUUGCAUUGUAUGCAGUAACAUAUUUUACUGGUUUGGAAGAGUAUGAUGCAUACCAUUUUCUAGCAAUUUUCUUUGUUUCUUUUUUUUACAGCAUUAUUUUUUGCUGUAAUCUAUGCUGAUGGCUGCUAGAUUUAAUUUAUUUGUUUCCCUACUUGAUAACAUUAGUGAUUCUGAUUUCAUUUGGUUUUUUGGUUUUUGUUUUGUUUUGUUUUGUUUUUGUUUUGUUUUCUGGUUUUUGGUUUUUGGUUUUGGUUUUUUCUUUUUGGUUGGUUUUUUUUUUUGUUUGUUUAUUUUAUUUUAUUUUAUUUUUUUGUUGUAGUUUUUUUUUUUGCUCAUGUAACAUUGGUGAAGGAUCUGGGAAUAUGACAUAAAGGUGGAAUAAACAUUAAUUUUGUGCAUUCUUUGGUAAUUUUUUUGUUUUUUUGUAACAUUAGAGCUUUGCUACAAAUUUAUGCAUUUCAGUCAAAUCAGUGAUCUAUGUUUGUGUGAUUUCCUAAACAUAAUUGUGGAUUUUUAAAAAAAUGUAACAUCAUAAUUACAUUCCUAACUAGAUAUAAUAGUAUGUCUGUUUUUGUAUCUUAUGCUGUAUUUUAACACUUUGUAUUACUUAGGUUAUAUUUUGCUUUGGUUAAAAAAUGGCUCAAAUAGAAAAGCGGUCCCAUUCAUAUUAAGACAGUGUACAAAACUGUAAAUAAAAUGUGUACAGUGAAUUGUCUUUUAGACAA